CUUCUCUCUCACACCAGAUCCAACCUUUGUACCUAUCAAAUUUGAAAAACUUUGACACCCAUCACUUUUUACUGCCAAAUUUCCAUUUUUUUCUUUGUGGGUCUUUCUGAAUAUCUAUCCGUAUUCAAUUCCUCGUUCACUUUUAACCCCAUUGUCGUCUUUCGAGGAGCCAGCGGAUAUUUUUCAAGCCUUCCACUCUGAUAAGCUCAGACUCUUCUUCGCUUGGUAUACGAUAUUCAUAUUUUCUUUUCCCUUUGUCUUGUGACGUCUUGUAAUCAGCCCUCAUUUUGGGGGUUUCCCCUGCUUUUUAUGUUGUUGUUAUAAUGCCUUGGAGGAAUGUUGUUGGAUCUCUUUGUUGUUUUAAAGUUUUUGGUGGUGGCAACGCCUUUCAGAACAGCAGAAUGAGGGAAGUGCAGCUUGGUUCACACACUUUAAGGUCCCAUGGAGUUGCUGUUGCGAGGAUACACAUGCACGAUUGGUUUAUAUUUCUUCUUCUUGUGCUGAUUGUGGCCAUCCUAAAUUUGACCCAUCCAUUUUAUCGCUAUGUCGGAAAGGACAUGAUGAAUGAUCUCAAAUAUCCCUUCAAAGAUAAUACUGUUCCUAUCUGGGCCGUACCCCUGUAUGCAAUGCUGUUGCCAAUAGCAGUUUUUCUAUUCGUGUAUUGGCGUAGAAGGGAUGUUUACGAUCUUCAUCAUGCCAUACUAGGUCUGUUUUACUCUGUCUUAAUAACAGCAGUCAUUACUGAUUCGAUAAAAAAUGCAGUGGGGCGGCCUCGACCGAAUUUCUUUUGGCGUUGUUUUCCUGAUGGGAAAGAUGUGUAUGAUAAAUUAGGUAAUGUUAUAUGCCAUGGCGAUGCGGAUGUUAUCAAGGAAGGGCAUAAGAGCUUUCCGAGUGGGCAUACUUCAUGGUCUUUCGCUGGUCUUGGCUUCCUGUCGUUGUACUUAUCAGGAAAAAUAAAAGUUUUCGAUCAGCGAGGUCACAUUGCAAAACUCUGCAUUGUUUUUCUUCCCCUGCUUUUUGCAGCUCUUGUAGGCGUUUCUCGAGUGGAUGAUUACUGGCACCAUUGGCAGGAUGUGUUCGCUGGAGGUCUGAUCGGGCUUGUAAUAUCUACCUUCUGCUACUUGCAAUUCUUUCCACCUCCAUACCACUCUGAAGGUUGGGGACCAUAUGCAUAUUUUAGAGUGUUGGAGACACUUGCCAAUCCUCCACCGCCGCCGAAUGCCAUAAUUGUUGCGCAGAAUGAACACAACGUCGGAAGGCAGGCUGAGAACGAGGUCGAUGACCGAAGCAACGAUAGAUUUAUAGGAUUGUCAAUUGAUUCCAAUUCUCGAUCAACAACGCAGGAAACUGAAACUGAGAGGAAAUAAGUGGUUGCAUAUAAUGUUUGUUUGCAGGCUUGAAAGCACUUUGCUGCAACCUUCAAUGGCACAGCAUUGGUUGUAUUUGUGUGGUUAUUCUUAGUCUAAUAAUUCUACCUGAUACAACUUUUGUACAGCAGGUUUUUCUUUGGUUUUUUUCUUUUUCUUUAUACAGCAUGAGCCAUUGCUAUCUUGUAGUAAACAACUCUUUUCGGCCCUAUUUUUUACCAAAGCAAAGCUGAUGCUAAAAACCAACUUUAUUCUGUUUGUUUUUAAUAAUCGUAUGACAUCUACUACCUAAUUGGACAAA